AAAAAAAAAAAAAAGAACAAUUACCACAACUACCCAAGAGCGCAGAACGUGGAUAAACGUUGAAAAGUGAAACGUUUGUAUUUUCCACAACUAUUUGUGGUCUUCUCCGUUUUAUUUUAUUUUACUUUUAGUUUUUCUGCGAGAAGGCGGAAGACAGAAAGCUAAGCUAAGCUAAUGAUGUAGUAUAAAAUCAAAUCAUAUUUAGCCCCCACCCCACCUAAACAAAAGACAGCGCUUAGACUAUUUGUGUUGGGACAAACUCAAAAGUAGAAGCUUGCUUGGAAGCUGCGAACCAAACCAGACGCGGAAGUUCUCCCGUGAAGUGUUGGUACUGUGUGGGGAAACAAAAUGUGCAAAGUCCAGAUGCUGAGAGCUUUGCUGAAUCAGCGACUAAGUGCCGCUGUGGAAGAAAUUCUUGUGGCGGUUGAAACAACUAUCGCCGAGUACGAGGAGGAGCUUUGUCGAUCCAAAGAGGAGAUCGAGCGACAACGACAACUGUUGGACGCCGUUUUCAAGUCUCCACUUGAAGUUGGACGACACCAAGCAGGUGUUUCCCCUGAGCAUCGGCAACAUGAACCCGAAUCCCAUUCCGUGAAAGAAGAGGAAGAAGAAGAGAAGCGGGAGCACUUCCCCAGCGUUGCGCCGGAGCAGCAGCGUGAAGCCGAGCUCCUCCGAGUGAAAGAAGAAAAGAAAGAAGAAGAGGUGGAGGAGGAGGUGCAAGUGAGAGAGCAGUUGGAGCCGCUCACAGAGUUGCCAGAUCACGGCGACGUCCGUGCGAUGAGCCAAGGAGACCCUGAAGAGCGGAGUGGUUACCGCAUGAGAACACAUGAACUCGACGACCACUUGGAUCAACUCAUGCAAACCCAAAAUGGUGACGAGACCAAUUUUAAGCUCCCGAAUGAUGGCAAUUGGACCUGCUCCGAGUGCGGAGAAACUUUCAGUCAGCGUUCCAGUCUGAAAAGCCACGCAUCAUGUCACGCCGGCGACAAGCCGCUCAGCUGCUGGUUUUGCGCCCGCGUAUUCAAACAUCGCUCCGCGUUAGAGAGGCACACUCGCAUCCACAUGGGGGAGAAACCUUUCAGCUGCUCUCUCUGUGGCAGCACCUUCAGCUGCCGCACUGGCCUGGAUGACCACAUGAGGAUCCACACGGGCGACUACUUACUGAGGACCGUCUCCAUGGACAUCUGUUUUUCUUUUUGUUUGGAAAUGUGCAAAGUCCAGAUGUUGAAAGCCUUGGUGAACGAGCGACUAAAUGCCGCCGUGGAAGAAAUCUUUGGAUUGUUCGAAAGGACCCUCGUCGAAUACGAGGAGGAACUUUGUCGAUCCAAAGACGUGAUUGAGCGACAACGUCAACUGCUGAAUGCACGCGAACCUUCGGGACGCGUCGACGCCACAGACGUCCAGUCAAGUCAAGAAGAUGUUCCUCCUGAGGAGGAGGCUGAGCCUUCCCGGGUCAAAGAGGAGGAGGAGGACGAGCCAGAGUCCCCCCACCUUACACACGAAGGGGGUGAGAUUCUGCUCGAGGCGGAGAUCACCAAGUUCCAUGUGAAGAGUGAAGACGAAGAAGACGAGGCUCAGUGGUCACAUCUUAGGACCGAAGGCGAGGAAACCCGACGCCACGGGCACUCUUCCCCGGCGUCGGACUGCGAGGAGGACACGGCGUCGGACUGCGACGAGACGGACGACAGCGAGGAAAGGGCCCGAGCGUCCGAGGGCGUCCUCGCGUCCGAAGGCAACAAAACCUUCGUCUGCUCCUUCUGCAGUAAAAGCUUCAGCCGCAAGGACAGCUUCAUCCGACACAUCCGAGGCCACACGGACGAGAAGCCCUUCGCCUGCUCCAUGUGCAGCAAAAGCUUCAAGUACCGCUACGAGAUCAGCCGCCACAUGAAAAUCCACACGGGGGAGAAACCCUUCAGCUGUUCCGUCUGCGGCAAGACCUUCGGCCGCCGCGAGCACUUGCUGUCGCACAUGCGGAGUCACACGGGGGAGAAACCCUUCGGCUGCUCCGUGUGCGGCCGAGGCUUCAGCCAGCGGUCGCACUUGGCGACGCACUCCCGAACGCACACCGGCGUCAAGCCCUUCUCGUGCGCCGUGUGCGGGAACAGGUUCUCCCUCAAGUGCGUUUUGAUCGCACACAUGAGGACGCACACGGGCGAGAAGCCCUUCACGUGCUCCGUGUGCGGGAACAAGUUCACUCGCAAGCGCAAUUUGUUGAUGCACAUGAGGAGACACACGGGUGAAAAAAGUAGUCCCAUGCUGUGCGCGUGAUGGGAGGAGUGCACUGGAACUUGAGAGUUUGGGAUUGGCAAACUUUUCCACUUUCUGUUUCAAGCGCUCGGACGUAUCCGAUUGUGGACAAAACGCAUUUCUUUUCAUGGGCUGUCAAAUUCUACGUUGACGCAUUUCACGGGGACGCGGUGA